AGAUGUCAUCAUUGCCAAGAAGAGCAAAAGUACAGGUUCAGACUACAGUAUUGAAAGAUGGAUUUCCUUUCUUCUCUGAGUUGUAAGAAUAUUGGUUUAAUAUGGGAUCAUCUGCCUCUGAAGAUGACAAGGAAGAUAGUGCCUGGGAGCCCCAAAAGCAAGUUCCUAGAACCCGUAAGCAGCCUGCUCCCAAGGAAUCUAAACCAAAGAGGGUAUCUCGGGUGAAGAAUAUGCCACAGAUGAGUGAUGGCUCAGAAGGCAUUGCUGUCAAAGAGGAGCUGAAUAGCUCUGUGGCUAUUGCUGAUGUUGAUCUGGAAGACAGAAAAAAUAAAUCAGAUACUGUACAGACACUAAAAACAGUGAAGACAAAACGGAAAAAGUCAGCUGAGCCACUUUCAGCGUAAAGGACUAAAAAGCUGAAAAUUGAAGAAGAAACGAGCAAAAUUGGAAGCUUAGAGGGUGGGAAUACCAGUACAGAGACACCAUCCACAAGCACCAUGUGGCAAAGUACAUGCAAGAAGGAAAAGAAGGAUGAUGACUUUACAUUUGUUCCGUCCUCUUUUAAGAUAAUGAAGACUGAAAGGUAUCCUCGGGGGCAGCCUGUCAGGGCUCCAGCAGAUGCCUAUAAUAUUAGAGAAGAGAUCCAAAUGCACUGGGAUAUAGUACAGGUUUUAUCUGAGAGAACUAACACUCAAAUUUGGGUUUGUGCCAAUAUCAUUCGUCUCUUUAAUGACGAUAACACAAUUCCCUUCAUUAUACGGUAUCGAAAAGAGCUGAUUAAUAAUCUUGAUGCUGAUGCUUUGAGAGAAGUUCGACAAACACUGGAAGAGCUACGGGCUGUUGCAAAGAAGGUUCAUAGUACAAUCCGGAAAAUAAAGAAGGAGGGGAAGAUGUCUGAGUACUUGUUAAAAGCUUUGCUGACCUGUAAAACUUUUGAAGAAUUAGAACAUGUGUCUGCUCCAUAUAAAACUGGGAGCAAAGGCACCAAAGCACAGAGAGCAAAACAGUUGGGAUUAGAAGGAGCAGCCAAGACACUACUUGAGAAUCCAGGGCAGCUCAAUCUGCUGUCUCACAUUAAACCUGGUGUUAAAGGGCUUUCGUCACUCCAGGAUAUUGAAGUAGGAGUGCAGCAUAUUUUAGCAGACAUGAUUGCUAAAGACAAAGAGACGCUUGAUUUUAUUCGACAAUUAUGCCAAAGUAGAGGUGUUUGUAUCCAGUCAUCUCUGGCAAAAGUGUCCUCCACAAAGGUAAAUGAGAAAGAUGUCGAUAAGUUUCUUCUCUACCAGAAUUUUUCAUGCAACAUAAGAAACAUCCAACAUCAUCAGAUUCUGGCAAUUAACCGUGGAGAAAAUUUGAAGAUCCUGACAGUUAAAAUCAACAUUCCCGAUGGAGUCAAGAGUGAAUUCUGUAGGUGGUACAUCCAAAAUAGGUGGAGACAAUGUGGCUUUGCAAGGCCGGAGUUAAUGCAGAUCUUAAAUAAUUCACUAGAUGAUUCCUUUAAACGCCUUAUUUAUCCUCUUCUCUGUAGAGAGUUUAGAGCCAAACUAACAUCAGAUGCAGAGAAAGAAUCAGUAAUGAUGUUUGGACGCAACCUUCGUCAGCUCCUCUUAACAAGCCCUGUACCAGGACGCACCUUAAUGGGAGUGGAUCCUGGUUAUAAAAAUGGUUGCAAAUUAGCUAUAAUUUCUUCUCCCAGUCAAAUACUUCAUACUGAUGUGGUUUACUUGCAUUGUGGACAAGGCUUCCAAGAGGCAGAGAAAAUAAAGAAGCUUUUGCUGGAUUACAACUGCAGUACAGUGGUGAUUGGAAAUGGAACUGCUUGCCGGGAAACAGAAGCUUACUUUGCCGACCUGAUAAUGAAAAAUUACUUUGCGCCACUGGAUGUUGUUUACUGUAUUGUCAGCGAAGCAGGAGCAUCAAUCUACAGUGUCAGCCCUGAAGCUAUCAAAGAGAUGCCAGGGCUGGACCCUAAUUUGAGAAGUGCAGUUUCCAUAGCAAGGCGUGUACAAGAUCCAUUAGCUGAGCUAGUGAAAAUUGAGCCCAAGCACAUUGGAGUUGGAAUGUAUCAGCAUGAUGUAUCUCAGACUUUACUUAAGGCAACACUGGACAGUGUUGUAGAAGAAUGUGUCAGCUUUGUGGGAGUGGAUAUUAACAUCUGUUCAGAAGUUUUGUUAAGGCAUAUCGCAGGACUUAAUGCCAACAGGGCCAAAAAUAUCAUUGAAUGGCGAGAGAAAAAUGGGCCCUUCAUCAACCGAGAGCAGCUGAAGAAAGUGAAAGGGAUGGGUCCAAAAUCCUUCCAGCAGUGUGCAGGCUUCAUCAGAAUUAACCAAGAUUAUAUCCGAACAUUUUGCAGUAGUGAGCAAAGUGAGCCUUCAGACCAAAUUCAAGGAGUUGCUGUGACGUCUUCAGCAGGUGUUGAGGUCACAAAUGAGAAGCAGAGCAAAAAGAAGCGCAAAACUACAGUGAAUGUUUCACUAAAGCCAAAUCCUUUGGACCAAACUUGUAUUCAUCCAGAAUCAUGUGACAUAGCAAUAGAUUUUGAUAAGCCAGAUUUCAAGAGAAGCAUAGUGUGCUUGGAAGAUCUGCAAGUUGGGGCAAUUCUUACAGGCAAAGUCGAGAAUGCCACUCUGUUUGGAAUUUUUGUGGAUAUAGGAGUGGGGAAAUCAGGGCUGAUUCCCAUACGAAAUGUAACAGAAGCAAAACUUUCUAAAACAAAGAAGAGAAGGAGCCUAGGACUAGGCCCUGGAGAAAAAGUGGAGGUCCAAGUGCUCAGUGUUGACAUCCCCCGCUCUAGGAUUACUCUGGACCUCAUCCGGGUGUUGUGAGUGUCCUGCUGAAAACUAAACACUGUUUCUGUUCCCUCCUUUUAUUAAAGGCUGACAAAGAUAAGUCAGAUUUUUAUAAGUUUUAGAUAGUUGAUGAGAAAAUAUUCACUUAAUAUCAGAAAUAUCUUCCAAACAUGUUCUUUAUUUUUCCUUCUGAAUAAAUAGGAAACUAAUAGUUUGAUUUAUUUUCCCCUUAAA